CGUUCACAUCACCCUUCCUUUGGGCUACAGAUUUGUGGAGCGACACAAACUUCCCGAACGAGACACAAUAGUCAACAAGAACGAGCGAUACGUUCUCCUUCGUUGAAUGUAAGGAAGCUGGCAACAGUGGGCAGCGCACACACAUAAUGAUCCAUUAAUCCGUCAACAAUUACCAUGGAGGAGUUGAGGAAAGAAUCAGACACGGCCUCAGUCAUGGCGCUCUCCAUUGUGAUGUAUCCUGUCUUUAAGCAGUUGGAGAAAGUCAACUUGUCAGCAGCAAAGACUUUGCAUGCCGCCUUUAUAAAGGCAGAGGAGGAUAACCCCGGAGUGACUCAGGAAUUUGUGCUAAAGCUACUUGAGAAUAAGAACAUAAAAAUCAAUUAUAAUGAGUGUCUACUUCGCAUGGCCGCAGCCGAUAUGAAAGAGUUUGAAAGGCAGGAACCAGACUACCAGGAGCUGAAUGAGCGGGGGAGAGCUUUGAAACACAUCCUCAGCACAAUACCUGAUGAGAUCAGUGACAGAGUGGGCUUCCUGCAAACCAUCAAAGACAUCGCCAGUGCCAUAAGAGAGUUGCUAGACAUUGUUAACGCCAUCUUUAGGAGGCACCAGCAUCAAAACAGACAGGCACUGGAGCAGCAGAAAAAAGAUUUUGUGAAAUGCUCCAAGAGUUUCAGCAACUCUCUCAAAACCUUCUUCAAAGAUGGAAAAGUGCUCAACGUGUUUGUCAGCGGCAACGGCCUCAUCCACCAAAUCAACAUGAUACCGAAGGCCUUCAAGACAGUGACGUCUGCAGUGUAACCAUGGGAACCAGGAUGGAGGUGACACUGCUUGAGAGCCGGAUGAAUACUGAAGACUACAGGAAGCUGCAGAGCCUUUUCCUGGACUCUUCGGGGGUGUCUUGCUCCUUGUCCAGAAGUGAAU